GGCAGGAAGACGCCAUUUUCGCUAACCAGAGCGUAUUUAUGGUUGUAAUACAUGGUGAUAUUUGCUUGUCGUAUAGAAACGGUUCUAUUAGUAAGAGAAUUAGUAAUCAACACUUCAUAGGUGGAAAUGAAGAUGAAACGUCUCUGCGUAAUUUUGGUCAUGUUGAAGUUCGUCAUUAACACUGUUGGGCGGCUGGUGGUGACGGGGGCAGAUGAGCCAGUCUAUGCACAUGCUGGGGUGGAUGUGACUCUCAGCUGCUCUGUGGACACCCAUGUCAGUGUGAGAGAGCUUCAGGUGACAUGGAUAAAGACAGAGGGUGACAUCUUGGUGCUGCUAUUCGCUGAUGGAGGGAUCAGACCAGUGAUUGAGGAUAAGAAUUUUGCUGGAAGAGCUGAUUUCUUCACUGCGGAAAUUCCCAAAGGAAACUUCUCAAUGAGACUGAGGGAAUUCAGGACUGAAGACGAAGGAGAGUUUAUGUGUGAAGUCCAGACAGGUGCUGAUUCUGCCAGUACCACUGCCAGGAUAGUAGCACUGGGGUUUUCAUCCCUGGGUUGGUUGAAUCUGUGGCUGUGCAUCGCUGUCACACCUGUAGUCCUACUUACUGGUGCUUUCUCCGUCUGGCAUUUUACAAAGGAAAGUAAAAGCAGACAGGCUGUGUUGUGUCACUGGUCACAUGUCAUAGCUCCUCCAAUCAUGAUGUCCUCAGCAUUCAUCCUGUGGGGCCUAACUGAAGGAUCCACCGGAGAGGCUGUUACUUGUGCUGUCGUCAGUCUGCUGAGUGUCCUGCUGUUGUUUAAUAUGGCUCCAUAUCGGGAAUUAUUAACAGACAAGAUGGGUGUGAUUAAAUACAUGGCCCUGUCUUUAGGAAGCUCCAUCACUGUCACAGCCAUAUGCACUGGUUCUUUCAUUGAGUUUUCAGCAAACGAUUCCCCAGCUCCAUCUGAGAAAGCGAUACUGGGGGGCAUCUUUGGUGAAAUCAUAUUUAUCUUCAUCGUUUUUCUUUUAUUGAGAAUUGUUGCCUUUGCGUCUUUGACGAAAGUUUCCUUAAGUCUUGACUGCAUAUUAGUAAUAAGCGCAGUCCUGUAUCCACUCAUCGUAGUUUCAUCCAUAAUUGCUGUCAGUGUUUUUCUGGCAAAAUAUUACUCAGGUGAAUCUUGGAAUGAACGUGGAACAUUAGUAACUAUGUUACUGAUUCCCAUCUUCGUGGUUUUAUUGCCACUUGGUUUCAGUGUAUUUAGGAUAAUAUGCUCCCUGCGGACAACUGGGAAAGUACGACUUAGAGAAAUUCUUCUAAUCUGGGCAGAUUUUACAUGUCGUCCCGCGCUGCUUAACAUGCUCUUCCUUGCUCUUUACUCCCAAUUCUUUGCCUCGAUGCAAAACACAUUCAUAUUGGGAUAUUCCCUUUCAGUCGCAGUGCCUGCUUUGGGAUUAUGUGCCUGCAUAUUCAUUGGGGAUUUCUUGCAGACUCUUGAUAAACCUUUGGAGGGAAUUUACUAUCUGGCUCAGAAAAUCCUUUUGGGGAUUUUCUUCAUGCUUCACCUAAUACUAAGUUUCCUGUAUUUGAGUCUGAUUCUAGAAAAUGACAAAGGACGACCUAUCAGGAUGUGCGAGUUUGUGUUCAUCUACAUUCUGACGCUCACAUCAUGCUUUCGAGUCUGGCAUCGGGAUAAAUUACUUGCCAAACCCUGUAAAUAUGUUUAUUUCUCGGGGGCUUUUGGGCUCCAGCUCCUGAAUUCUGUGGCCCUGGCUGUAGUAUUAAAACUCAAAGCAGACACAGGAAAACAGCCACUGGACCUGCGGCUGAUUGUCCUGAUUUCUGGGUCUGUCUUCCUCUUUGCCUGGCUUGUUAUCCAAAUGUCUGCAUACUGUUUGGCCAAAAAGAAAAUUAAAGAAGAGUUGGGCUUGAUUGAGAGACACCAAGAUAUCGGACUGGAACACGUUGGUCUCCAAGAUGCAUCUGCUCCUCUGAUGCUUGAAAACCUAAAUGACAAGAACCUGCAGAAGCGUCACGCAGCAGGACGUCAGCUGGAUGACAGGAUGAAGAGGGAAAUCAUGCUGCAGAGUCACCAUAGAAUCAAAUGUAACCUGAAGCAGAAAUGUGAGCCUGUAUUUGGAGGGAAAGCUAAGGAAGGACAGCGAAUACUUCUCAGUGAGAUUUACACAGAACUCUACAUAACUGAAGGUGGGACUGGAGGAGUCAAUGAUGAACAUGAAGUGAGACAGAUUGAAACAGCAUCCAAGAAAAGGCGAACAGAAGACACUACAGUCAAGUGCAAUGAUAUAUUUAAACCCUUAUGUGUGCAUGAGACACCUAUCAGAACUGUACUCACUAAAGGGGUGGCAGGUAUCGGGAAAACAGUCUCUGUGCAGAAAUUUAUCCUCGACUGGGCAGAAGGAAAAGCAAACCAGGAUGUUCACUUCAUAUUUGCUCUUCCUUUCCGGGACCUGAAUUUGAUUAAGGAUGAAUACAGUCUGAUUAAACUGCUUCACCACUUUGUCCCAGAACUGAAAUCAUUUCAAUCCACUGAACUGUUUAGGUACAAAGUCUUGUUCAUCUUUGAUGGUCUGGAUGAGUGUCGCCUUCCUCUAGAUUUUCAGAACAAUGAGAGCUGGUUUGAUGUAACAAAGAAAACGUCACUGGAUGUGCUGUUGACUAACCUCAUUAAGGGGAAUCUGCUCCCAUCCGCUCUCCUCUGGAUAACCUCCCGGCCAGCAGCAUCCAGUCAGAUACCUCCUAAGUGUGUCCACCGGGUGACAGAGAUACGAGGGUUCAGUGAUGCCCAGAAGGAGGAGUAUUUCAGGAGGAGAUUCAGUGAUGAGAGCCUGGCCAGCAGGAUUAUCACACAUGUGAAAUCAUCAAGGAGCCUCUUCAUCAUGUGCCACAUACCUGUGUUCUGCUGGAUUUCAGCCACUAUCCUUAAGACGCUUUUUAGUGAGAAUGACAGGGGAGAAAUUCCAAGGACUCUGACUGAAAUGUACACACACUUCCUGAUCUUUCAGACAGGAUUAAAAAAUGACAAAUAUAUGAAAAAGCAUAAAACCAAACCUAAAAAAUGCUUUAAUAAGGAAUAUCUUUUAAAACUUGGUAAACUGGCUUUUGACAACCUUGAGAAAGGCAAUCUCAUAUUUUAUAAGCAAGAUUUGACAGAGAAUGACAUUGAUGUGAGUGAAGCUUCAGUUUACUCGGGAGUGUGCACAGAAGUCUUUAAAGAGGAAUAUGGGUUGUAUCGGGAGAAGGUGUACUGCUUUGUGCAUCUGAGCAUCCAGGAGUAUCUCGCUGCUUUAUAUGUGUUUCUGUCAAACUCAUCAGCUGACCUGCUGAAGACUGCAGUGGAUGAGGCAUUAGAGAGCAAGAAUGGACACUUGGACCUUUACCUCCGCUUUCUCUUGGGCCUCUCAACUGACUCCAGUAAGACUCUGUUACAAAAACUACUGGGACAGACAGGAAGCAGCUCACAUAACAUUAAGGAAACAGCCAAAUACAUCAAGGAGAAAAUACAGGAGAAUUUAUCUCCAGAAAGAACCAUCAACCUGUUCCACUGUCUGAAUGAACUGGGUGACAAUUCACUAGUAGAGGAAGUACAAAGAUACCUGAAUUCAGGAAGCCUUUCAGCAGAAGACCUCUCACCUGCACAGUACUCAGCUCUGGCCUUUGUGAUGCUGACGUCAGAUGUGUUUAAUCUGAAGAAAUUCAUCAGAUCAGGUGAAGAGCACUGGAGGCUGCUGUCUGUGGUCAAGAACUCCAGGACGGCUCUGCUGAACAGCUGCGAUCUCACAGAGAAAUGCUGUGAGGCGCUGGCUUCAGCUCUCAGAUCAAACUCCUCACACCUGAGAGAGCUGGACCUGAGUGACAAUGACCUGCAGGAUUCAGGAGUGAAGCUGCUCUCUGCUGGACUGGGGGAUUCAGCCUGUAAACUGGAGAUACUGAGACUGUCAGGCUGUAGAGUCACAGAAGAAGGCUGUUCUUCCCUGGCUUCAGCUCUGAGGUCAAACCCCUCAUACCUGAGAAAGCUGGAUCUGAGCUACAAUCACCCAGGAGACUCAGGAGUGAAGCUGCUCUCUGCUGUACUGGAGGAUCCCAGCUGUAAACUGGAGAAGCUGAAUGUGGAUCACGGUGGAGAGUGCAGGACCAGACCAGGCUUUCAGAAAUACUCCUGCCAGCUGACGCUGGACCCCAACACGGCAAACAGAUGCCUGUCUCUGUCAGGGGGGAACAGGAAGGUGACACGGGGGGCAGAGCAGCCAUAUCGUGGUCAUCUAGAGAGAUUUGACAGCCCUCAAGUUCUGUGCAGAGAGAGUCUGACUGGCCGCUGUUACUGGGAGGCUGAGUGGGAUGGAGGUGGAGCCUUGAUAGGGGUGACUUAUAAAGGGAUCAGGAGGGAACGAGGGAGUGACUGUCGGCUUGGAUACACUGACAAGUCAUGGUGUCUGCGCUGUAAACCUGACAGUUACUCUGUCCGGCACAAUAAUAAACAGACUCCCAUACCCAUACGGCCCUCAGGCUCCCGCAGAGUAGGAGUGUAUCUGGACUGGGGGGCUGGUGCUCUGUCCUUCUACAGAGUCUCCUCUGAUGGACUGACCCCCCUGUACAGAUUCACCUCCUCAUUCACUGAGUCCCUCUAUCCAGGGUUUUAUGUUUAUAAAAACUCCUCAGUGUCACUGUGACGUGUUGCUGGUUCUCCUGGCAAAAAGGUCAAAUCUCUGCUUUUUAACCUUUAUAAUCCUUUUUACUCUCAAAUGCAUGUUUGACAAAAGUAAGUUUUUCUCUCUGACUAAAAUAUAACUAAAUGUAAUCCUGAUGGGGGGGCUUUCCCCCUCCCCUGUAUAUGUACAUUUUAUAUAUUUACGCUUGUUUACUGUAUUUCCUCCCUGUACAAUGACAAUAAAGUCUUUCUGUUCUGUACUAUUAAUGUCCUGCUUCAGCGUCACCCAAAGCAUGACUGAGUAACAUAAUGAAACCACAGUCUGGUGGAUUAA